AUGGAUAAAAACUGUACAAUGUUCAUGUACAAUGUUCAAUGGCUAGAGUUGAUGGGCCCAGAAAAUGACAUGGCAAAUCUCAUCGAACAUUUGUUGGAUCUUUCAUUCAGUUCGCUCGUAGAAGCUCACCCAGAAUUUGGCUUUCAUCCAACUUGUUAUCGACGAUAUAUUGAUGGAAAGAGGAUAUGUGCUGCGAAAAAGAGAAAGGCGAAGGAUAAACAUGAGCAACAAAGCCAAGAAUGCGAACUAGUUGAAAAAAGAGCUCGCCGAUCGCUAGGACCAGUACUUCCUGUAAAAUGUAUUAUUUGUGAUGAACCUGACAAAUUUGUUCAAGAUCCAAUUAGUAGAAAACGCAUUCGAGAUCGACUUAGUAAAGCAGAGACUGAAGAUGCUGGUAGGUCAUUUGUUAUUUUAUAUAAAAGUGCACAUGAUUACUUUUGUUCAACAAAUUUGAACAAUCUACUUGUAGGAUUUGGAUUUGAUAUAUUCACUUGUGCAAAACUACUAAAUAUAUUUAUGCAUAUGUUUAUAUGAAGUGCUUUAAUACUCUACAUAGUGAGAUUUGAUAUCUUACUGCAAAUUUCAUAUUGCAAACCUCCUUUGAAAUAUCACAGCUUUCAAAGUAUGCAUAUGCCAUAUUAAGCCUCCCCCAUUUAAACCCUCCCCCAUCUCUUUCACAGCAGAGGAACAUGUGUGGUAAUCAAUUUAAAAUAAUAGCUAUCCUAGCUUAAUCAUGUAAUAACAUUUAAUAAUUAUAUUUUAACAAUGUUGCCCUGUUGAAAGAAUUAAUAAUGAAAAAUACAUUGUAAAGUGUAUUUUGUAUUCAGUAAUUGUUAUUAUAAAAUAACAUGUAUAUAACGCGUGUUCUGAUUGGUUGAAACCCGUGUUUGGAUCAGGCCAUCCAAACACGGAAGACUAUCGUGUUGUUGUUAUUUUAUAAAACAAUUACUUUAUGGUUUCCCUGUUUGGAUGGAAUGAUCCAAACACUUGGGAAUGUUGCUCGAGUUAAGAAAAGCGUGCAAAAUCACUUACCUUUGGCUUGUGCUUUCGCGCGCUUUUCUUAACUCUCGCAACAUUCCCGCGUGUUUGGAUCAGGCCAUCCAAACACGGAAACCAUAAAGUAAUUGUAUAAUAAACAUAUUGAAUCAUAGUACUCCUACACAUUUGCUCUCCAAAAAUGUGUGAAAUAGAUACAACUCUCUCAAACGGGGCUUAAAUAAAUAAACCCCUCUCCCGGCUAAUAUAAUGUUGCUUGCCUAUUACUUUAGUUAACAGCAUAUCUAAUCUCAGGAUACUUUAUGGCUGAUCCUUAAUUUAAUGGAUGACACAUUAGGUCUAAAUGAAAGCGGUUCGCCGGUUUUAAAAUGUGCUGGUAACUGCAUAGUAAAACAAUGUAAUUUUUUUUCCAAUGGGCAACUGUUCAUUUUGAAUAUUUCGAAGAGCGCUUGGUUGGUAUAUUUCAUUGCCAGUUUGCUAUAAUUCUUAACAUUUUUAAUGUUAAAAGGAAAUCUUCGUAGUGCAGCAACAUACAAAAAUGAUGAGAAGAUUCUUGUCCACAUAAGAGAUAAGGACUGUGCAGCUAUUGAAGUUCGAUAUCAUCCAAGCUGUUACAAGAAGUACACCAGGUGUUUACGCAGCAGACACUUUUCUGAUGGAAAGUAAGUUGAUUUUAUAUUUAAACUUUUCAAUGUGAUAUGCAUAAACACAUUAUUGCAUCCCAUAUGCAAACUAUCAACUCCUUACAAUAUAAAUCUCUUGAAAAUGCACCAGCUAUGUUCUUAAAAUUUAGUUUCUUUUUUGCCCUCUGGUAUUGUUCAUAACUCUUCAACGCAGUAAAAUUGUAAAGUUUUUACUUUCUCCCUAAAUGGUAAUAGUGCAAAUAUAAUUUGAAAUUAUUAAAAUAUUAUGUAUAAAAUACAGGAAUACCCGGAAGGACAAGUUUGAAAUUCACAAGAAUGGCUACCUUAAAUUUUGUGAAUCAGUAGUUCAUCAACGAUUAUUGGUCAAUCAGGAAAUACUGCGAUUGUCAAGACUGACUCAACUUGUGAUUACCUCAAUCCAAAAUGUUGAAGGCGUCGAGCCUGUGGGAAUAAGGUUGUUAAAUUCUAAUCUAGUUGCUGUUCCUUUUAAAUAUUUUUAAUACAUACAGUACAUAAUAAUCAAAUAAUAUAAAUUACAUAAUAUAGUCCCGGUAUUAAUAAAUCAAGUCUGGUAUUAUUACGCCAGCUUUAUUUAAUUUCUUUAUAGGAAUGAUAAAUUGAAACUUCGACUUCAGAAAGAUUAUCCCCAACUUGUGUUCCAUAAGCCAGCUAGAAAAAAUGAAAGUGAAAUAGUAUACUGUUCAGCGGUACCAGUAGGAAAUGUUGUUGCCGACUCACUUGAUUUAUCAGAAAGUUCUUCAAAUAAUAACUCUGGACCGGAAACCUAUGAUGAAGUAUUUCUUGGGGAAUCGAGCUGCACUUCAACUUUAUUAGACCAACAUGUUGAUAGAUCCCUUUAUGUUGCAGGUUGGUAGUUUUGAUGUGGGAAGAGUACUUUCCGUUCCGGUCUGCUAAUAAACGGCUAAUUUGUAAAAUGAAUGUAAACAUUAAAGUGUUGCUAUUAAGUGUUGCUAUAAAGUGAACCUAAGAGAAAUGUUGAAAUUUUUCAUAUUAAACACUUUAAAAACAAGUUUUUGAGUACUGCGAAUUAUAGAAUACUAAAUCAAGAAUCUCAAUUUUGCAGGUCUGAUGCUUAAAAAUAUUAUAAAAGAUGCUCCAAGGAUGACAUCAAAAUGGCCUCCAACAGCCAACGAAAUUCGAAACGAAGGUGUCGAAAAGUUUGUUCCAUACCAACUGUUCAACUUGAUUGCUGUGUGCAUUGGUGCAACCGAGGAACCUUCUUUGACAUUUUAUGCUGAUGUUGACGAUGAUACUCGUAAUAAGAGUAACUCAGUAACUCAGAGUAAGAGUAACUCGGAGUAA